UGCGUAUUCCGUGUAAGGACAUUUCACACUUCACCCACCAUGAUUGCUCUGAUUUCUGCUGUGAUUUUUUGUUUCUUGACUGCAGCUUCAGCCCAGGAUUGCUCUCGCGAGGGUCAGUUCACUGAUAGUGCUGGCUCCUACGUUUUCACCUGGUCAGUCCAGUCAAAUUUUGAUUAUGUUGACUGCACUGUCCAAGUGAAUACAGCAGCUAACAGAUGGGUUGCAGUUGGAUUUUCUGAGGAUCGAUUAAUGCCUGAUACUGAUGUCAUUAUUGGGGCUGAUGAUGGAACUAACCGGUUUGUACAAGACAGGUGGAAUGGUCAAAGCCGGGUAGCUGGACCAUCACUUGAUCCUAUGCAGAAUAUUAUGGAUACUUCAACAACAAGGAGUGGCGAUAGGCUUACUAUUAGUUUUACCAAACCACUUAUCAGUCCUGAUAUUAGUGGUAGAGAUGAAAAUCUUACUGAAUGCCGUAAUGUUCUUUGGGCUUUUGGAGGUACAACCACCUUUGAGAAUGGCAAUGUAACUGCUCUUGGGGGCCAUUCUAAUAGAGGUGUCUUUCAAAAUCAGCUUUGCCUGUGCACAAGUGGAGCAAGCGUUGCAGCUGUUGUUUCUUUGGCCAUGAUGAUUGUAGCAGUACUCUUGGCUGCUGGGGGUAGUAUCUUUUAAUUUUUCGUAAUAUUUUAAGCCUGCAGUUGCUUCAUCACGACAAUGCUGCAUACACACGGAAACAAUUAGUUUUUAGUUUAAGUUUUGUUUUAACAACUGUAGAAUUUUCAAAUAAUAAAUUAAUAAUAAAAUUAAUUUGAAUUGUUUAACAUGUUAGCCUUCAGUUGUACUAUGUGGUACAUGCACAAUCAUAUGCGAGUUAUGCAUGCAAUCAUGUGUGAGUUGACAGCAAAAAAUGGCUCCUACAUUGCACUAGCACUAUUAUAGGCAGAAGCAUAUGCUGCAGUGAGAAGGGGUAGGGAUCCAAAUAAUCUUGAAAUAAUUAAUUAUCGCAUAAGUGGCUCACACGUAAUUUUCCACGCCCACAAUGCGUAUAUAAAUGGCGCUGCAAAGAGAUACGUUCACUCAGUCAUCCAGCAACCAUGCAAGGUCUAUUAGUUUUAGCCUUUUUGACAGUUUUUUUCGUAGCAACCAAUGCUUUGGUUAGCAACUGCACUUGUAAAGGGGAACUGUCUAUGGGAACAUAUUCCGUGUCAUGGAUGAUACGUGAUAAUAAUCGUUCUCUUGUAGACUUCAAUGUGUCUGUUAACACUGAUGCGAACACUUGGGUUGCUGUUGGCUUUUCAGAAGACAGAUUUAUGCCAAUCACUGAUGUUGCUAUUGGAGCUGACAAUGGGACAGAUAGUUUUGUUGAGGACAGAUGGAAUAAUGGUACUCGUUCUGUUGGACCAAUAUAUGAUACAGAACAAAAUUUUAUUUACACAUCAACUAGUAGAUAUAAUGAUAUGCUCACAAUCUCCUUUACACGACCUAUUGAUAGUCCUGAUGAUACACAAGACCUUGACUUGACUCAGUGCCGAUAUGUCCUUUGGGCAUAUGGAGGGAGUGUGAGCAUGUUUCCUUCUAUGAUGAGUGAUGAAGCUGCUUCUGGUUUGACACGACAUACAAUGCGUGGUGUCUUUUCUAAACAAAUUUGCCUCUGCCCUGCAAAUGAGACAUGUCCAACAGCAGCUCCACCAAGCACAGAAGCACCUACAUCUAGUGCUUUCUCAGUUGCAAAUUUUGCAAUCAUCACCUUUAUUUUUAUCUUAAUUGCUGCAAUUUUUUGAAUUGCCUGACUAAAUUGAAAUUAACUUUAAUACAUAGCUAGCUGCUAGAUAUUUAUGGAUUUUGUUUCGUAUUUUUGUUGAUUUUUUUUCAUUAAAAUAAUAGAUUUCAUCCGCAUUUCAAACUAA